UCAAUUAUUCUCGCAUAUUCAAGUGUCUAAAUCUCUAAAUUACCCCCCUUGAGUUGAAAUGAAAAGUGGGAGAGAUCAUGUCGUGAUAUUUCGCUCGAAUUCACGCGAUGAUGUCUUCCCGUUGCUAAUUCCAUUAUAUAUGUACAUCUCUCUCAUUCGAUCAAAUAAAUAAAGGUAUACCAAUCAACACCAAAGUCCUUUCUACUCGGCUUCUGUUCCUUCACAUGGCGUCCGAUUCAGAGAAGGAUGCUUCCGAAGGGCUUGGAGGUGCUCGGAACACAGGCGAGAAAGAUCAUAAACCUGGAAGUUCUAGGAAAUUAACUGAAGCUGAGAGAAAAAGGAAACAAGAAUGCCAGAGGAAUUUUAAUGCUAGAAAGAAGCAAAGGAUUAAAAGCACAGAGGAAGAGGUGGAAACUCUCAAAGAACAGCUUGCCUACUACAAAGGGCAGGCAGAUGCCCACUACAAAGGCAUCCAGGAACUUGGAAAAGUUGUUAACAGCGUUGGAGAAGUUGGAAAAAAACAAACUGCUCAAAUUGACAAGCUUUGCGAGCUAAUUAUCGAAGGGCAGAAACACUCUGCAGGUAGAAGGGAGUGUUGGGGAAGCACAUCUUCCAGCACAGAGGUGCUAGAAGGGGCUCCUAACCAGCUGGCCUUCAACAGUCUCAAGGAGCGUUACAUUGCCUCUGAAACACGCCACGCACAGGAGAAAGUUGCCACAGAAGCACGCCACGCAAAGGAGAUGGCUGCCAUAAAAGCACACCAUGCCCAGGAGAUGGCUGCCAAAGAAGCACACCAUGCUCAGGAGAUGGCUGCCAAAGAAGCACACCAUGCCCAGGAGAUGGCUGCCAAAGAAGCACACCAUGCUCAGGAGAUGGCUGCAGUCAGGACAGAGUACGGCCUAGACGUGGAGAACGACAUGUUGCAGGCGCUUGCAGGAGCCUCACCAGGCUUCGAUUUUGCUGAUCAGUUCGUGAAUUAUAAGUAGAUUUAUUAUGCGGAUAGGGAAAGCAAGGCGUCUAAAGAUUGUUUACAGGUGUUCCGUAAUAUUUCUUGUGUGUGUUAGUUUCUCUAUUUUGAUACUGGAAGAUCUCCGAUACUUUUAUGUGUGCUUAAACUGAAGCUUUUGGACCUAAAAUUAAUUGUCUCGCGUGUCAUUAUAAUACUCUCGAUGAUAAUGUUGUUGAUUAGACAACAUGAAAA